AUGGGAUCGAAACCACAAACAUUGUUGGACGUGCUCCGCAGCCUCUCGGUUGUCGACAGUGAUACCCUGAGUGACGAAGUGCCACGAGACUUGGGUCCUUUCGUUGACUGCACCUCCAAUCAGGCCAUUGCAUAUCAUGAAUUGAUCCGAGUAGAUGGCGACGGGAACCAAGUUCACGCCCAGCUUAUUAAAGAAGCCAUCGACUAUGCUUCGUCAAAGCAGGCCUCAUACCCAGGCGUGGACGUCGCGGAAGUGGCCGUUGAGUGCAUGAUGGUCAAGCUGGCGCUGAAGAUCGUCCCGUACUUGACGGGAUAUUCUCACAUCCAGACUAAUCCGAAGUACUCCUACGACAAGCAGAAGACGAUUGAGAAUGGCCAGCGCAUCGUGGCGAUAUUCAAGGACCUAGACCCCAGCUACGACGCCAAGAGGGUAUGCAUCAAGAUACCAUCAACGUGGGAGGGUAUGCAAGCUUGUCGUGAGCUAGAGAAUCAAGGAAUUGCUACACUGGCGACCACCAUGUUCAGCAUGGAGCAGGCUGCACUCGCUUCACACGUCGGAUGUACUUACAUCGCCCCAUACAUCAACGAGCUUCGUGUGCACUUUGACGCCGGGUACAUCGACGAGAACAAGGCAUUCGACUUCUGUGGGUUGGCGCAGAAGUACUAUGAGAAGAUUGGAAGCAAAACACAGGUGCUGCCCGCGAGUUUGACAUCCAUCCAAGAGGUCAUGAUGCUGGCCGGAGCUCACCACAUCACUGUUUCGCCUCAUCUGUUGAAGAAGUUGGCUGAAACGCCAGCGAAUCCCUGGGAAGGAGACACGGGAUCUGUCUUCAAAGGGAAGGACGACGUGACGUUCGGAAACUUUGACAAGAUCUUGAACGACGAGAGUGCAUGGCGCCUAGCUUUCACUCGCAGCUCGAAUGGCCGGAUGGAGGAGAAAAUUAUCCAGGCCAUCAACAUCUUUUGCGACAAGCAAGAUGGACUUGAGCAGCUUGCUCGGAAAUGA